AACACUGUAGAACCCGAUCACUCUUUUGCCGCUUCUUUCUUCCUCAGCUCUCUCUGUGUCUCUCAUGGCAUCCAUUUCCGCGAGCUUAUUCUCUUCCUAUGCUCUCGCUCGCCCAAACACUCACAAGCCGUCUAGGAGAAAGCCCCUUCGAAACCCUAAUCCUAACCCUAACCCUAAGCCCAAGUUAAACACCCACUCCAGUCGGUACAAGUCCCCGCCCGAGCCCGUGGUUCUCUGCGCCGGCGAAGCUACCACCUACUCUCGCCUCCCUCCUAAGGAGGACUUCUUAGUCCCCUCUUUGAAUCCCUCGUCCGAAGUGAAGCUCUCGGAGUCGGCCGUAGCGAAAAUGGAGAACCAAAUUGAGGAUUUGAGCAGCGAAGAUGAAGAAGAAGAAGAAGAAGAAGAAGAAGAGGAAGAAGGCGUGGAAAAUGGUGAUUUAGGGCUUAAUCACGGAAAAUUUAAAAUCUUUCAGGGUAAUUCUGAUUUGGAAUACGACAAGGAGAUCGACGACGACGGUGAAGAAGAGGAAGCAGAAGAGAAAGGAGUGUUAGGGUUUACGGGUCGCAAAAGUGUAUAUAGGUAUGGUAGUGAUGGCAAUUACAAAGGAAUAGUGAAGGAGCACGGAGUUUCAGCGAAACUCUACGUGGUCGGUGACGAUGAUGGUGAAAUGCUAGGAUUUGACCGUGUCCAAUCCGUGAAUGUUUCCGAUAACGAGGGUGAUUGCGUAAAGGAGAAGGGAGUACCGGCAGUGAUGCGGUGCUUCGACCGUGCGAAGAUAUACGCGAAGGCCGGGGACGGUGGAAACGGCGUCGUGGCGUUCCGUCGUGAGAAGUUCGUGCCAAUGGGCGGCCCGUCGGGUGGGGACGGAGGGCGAGGCGGGAAUGUGUAUGUAGAAGUCGAUGGUUCGAUGAAUUCGCUGUUGCCGUUCCGGAACAGCGUGCAUUUUCGGGCGGGGAGGGGGGCCCAUGGGCAGGGGAAGAUGCAGGGAGGGGCUAAGGGAGAGGACGUGGUGGUGAAGGUGGCGCCGGGGACGGUGAUCAGGGAGGCGGACAAGGAGGAGGUGCUGUUGGAAUUGUUGUGGCCGGGGCAGCGGGCGCUGUUGUUGCCUGGUGGGCGAGGCGGGAGGGGGAACGCGUCAUUUAAGUCCGGGGCAAAUAAAGUGCCAAGGAUCGCUGAGAAUGGCGAAGUUGGUCCGGAAAUGUGGUUGGAGUUGGAGCUAAAGCUGGUUGCAGAUGUUGGAAUAGUGGGUGCUCCAAAUGCAGGAAAAAGCACACUUUUGAGCGUGAUAAGUGCUGCACAGCCAGAAAUAGCAAAUUAUCCCUUUACAACUUUACUUCCUAAUCUUGGUGUAGUUUCAUUCGACUAUGAUUCCACAAUGGUAGUAGCAGAUCUGCCAGGUUUACUUGAAGGAGCACACCGGGGUUUUGGUUUAGGUCAUGAGUUUCUACGGCAUACUGAAAGGUGUUCUGCCCUGGUACAUGUUGUUGAUGGCUCAGGACCGCAGCCGGAACUUGAGUUUGAUGCUGUUCGUCUAGAGCUAGAACUCUUUAAUCCUGAACUUGCUGAAAAGCCUUACAUAGUGGCCUAUAACAAAAUGGACCUUCCAGAAGCAUACGAAAGGUGGCCAUCGUUCAAGGAAAUGCUACAAGCUCGUGGGAUUGAACCUUUUUGCAUGAGUGCAGUGAAAAGAGAGGGCACUCAUGAAGUGAUCUGUGCUGCAUACGAGCAUUUACAAAAGAGUAAAAGAGAAAAACAGGAGCUUGAAGGUUUGAAAAAUCUGGAAAAUUUGAACCAUGUAGCUGAUAUGGUACGUAAAGAACGCAGUGCCUCUAUUAAUGAGUUUGAGAUAUUUCACGACAGCAGUUCUAAUGCCUGGCGUGUAGUUGGAUCUGGGUUGCAACGUUUUGUUCAGAUGACAAACUGGCGGUACGUGGACUCUGACAAAAGAUUUCAUCAUGUUCUUGACGCUUGUGGUGUGAAUAAGUCUCUCUUGAAACUUGGUGUCAAGGAGGGUGACACAGUGAUUGUUGGAGAGAUGGAGAUGGUGUGGCACGAUUCCACUGACAGUUCUGGUCCAUCAACUGUGAAGAAGGAAUCAGCUUUUUCGAUCAAAUGGGCUCAGUGGAAGUAACUCAGCUUUAUUUGGUUGCUGUUAAUUGAAUGUUGGUAGUGGCAGCAGUUGUGAAAAUGAGGUGCUGUGCUAAACUAUGGGCAGAUGAUGCUGCACGCUACGAAUUUUACUGAUAUGAGGGAUGUGGCAGUUGAAAGCAUGCUGAGUGGCUAGAAGAACUACAGGUGUAAUGCAGAUGAGUCACCACUUGGCAUUUCAGGAUGGCAUGAUACCACAUUUUCAAGUGCUUAUUCACCGAUAUUUGAAGCUGUCGCUUUGUCGGUUCAUUCUUUGCAAUGCAGUAAACACAUGCACAGGCAGACACAGGAUGGGCAUCCAUACACCGUUAGUGGAGUAAUGCAGUUUUAAAUGACGAAGUUGCUUGAACGCACUUACAUUUCCAAUCUAAUGAGCAUCCUUGAAAGGUUGGUAAUUUUUGCCUAAGCGCAUUUUUUUUUUAUUUGAAAGCAUUAUAUGUAUAAAUAUGCACUUAAGUGAUUCAUUUUCUUUCUUUUAUUGGUGUAAACACGGUUUAAUUACUUAGCAUAAUCAAUGAAUCAACGAAGUUCCGCGCAAGGAUUUACUUGUGGUACGAACCUAACCGACCAGAUGGAUAAUGUAGUCACCACACCAUUUGCGCUCGGAAAUUUGCUUAGGUUGAUUUUGUAUGGGGUACCUUUGAUUAGAUGGUCUCA